UUAUCGAAGGCAAAGGUCCAGGUUGAAGAACUAAGUCAGAAACUUUCCUGCAUGGAAGUCAAAAGGCAUGCGGAUGGUGUAACAAUGGCUAAGCUCAGAAUGAGACUCCGCGGAACCCAAGCAAAGCUAGAUGCUUUCCGUCGUAGAUACAAGGUAGCAAUCGAUGAAUCAAUUGUAGCAAAUAAGCAGUAUAAAGAGCAGUUGGCUUCAAAAGUAGAACAAGUGUUUAACCUUAUGAAACAGUUAGCUGCUGCCAAAGGGCAAUAG